AUGGCGGUUAUAAAAUAUGUAAUUACUCUAUUCAUUUUUUCAACCACUUUUCUAAAUGCUUUGAAAGAAGAAACACAACAAACAGAAAGUAAAGGAUUCCAAUUCUCUCAUUAUGUAAAGGAAAAAGUUAUAAAUAUGAUUGCAAAACAAAAAGGAUAUGACACAAAUGGAUGGGUAAAUUUAUCAAAUGCAAACCAUGACAUAAAUAAUUUAAGUUUUCGAAUCGACACAAAUGGGGAUCUUAUAUGUAAUAGUGAUAAUCACGCUGUUGAAAUUUCAAUAACAGAUGAAAAAAUAUUAAAACAAACCGCAGAUGCAAUAUUUAGUGAAUUAUCUAUCGUUCCUAGAAUUGCAGGAAAUUCUGCUAGUAUAACUAAAAUACCUAUAAAGAGACCUAAAAAUGGUUCGAAUAAUUUUUUUUCAAAUCAAAAUGCUAAAAAUAAUUUACCAUUAAAUUCUGAAGCCUAUUUAGUUUGUACUAAAAAAAAUGCAAAUGUUAUGUUAAUACCAAAACACGCUGAAAAAGUUGAAUUUAUACCAGGCCCUUGGUUAGUUAGAGCAAGUGUUAAUAUUUAUAAAGAUCCCCUUAAACCUUUUGGAAGAGCAUUUCGUAUAACUGUAGUAGAUGGAGUAAAUGUAUUAGCAAAUAAACAAAACUCAUUUAUUUGGUUUAUGCCAUUAAAAUCAUUCUCUGAAGUAUAUCAUUUUCAUUUGGCUGCAAAAGAUAGUAAAAAUGGAACUUAUUGUAAUCUUGAAAGAAGUGUAGAUAACAAAGUUAUUAAGUUACAUUGCCCAAGCUGGGGUACCCACUAUAAACUUAUGAAUUUAAAUAUUAUACUUGGUUCUUUGAAAUUAGGAAUGACAAUGAUGCAUAAUGCUGCAACACCAUACUUGAGAAAAAUAUAUGCCAAUAAUAAAGAGCUUAAGUUACAUCACCUUUUAAAUCAAAAUGCAAAUCCUAAUUUAAAUUCCUAUGAUAAUAAUAUAUAUCUAAAAGAUGAUGAAAAUCCAGAUCAUGUUAAUUCGUUUGAACUAAAUAGUGUGGAUGAUCUUCAUAAUGAUAUUAAUGAUAGUAUAAAUAAAACAGAGAUUAUGAACCAUGCUUUAAAUGUAAUAGUUUUUGGUAUAUUAGCAAUAUCAAAUUCUAUAUAUAUGGCCAAAGAAGUAAUUCAACUAAUGAACAAAUUAAAAGAAAUUGAUAUCGAAUUUGAAAACGCUCGUCCAUUUUAUGAAUGGACUAUUACACAAACAGAAAAUAAUUAUCAACCAGAUAUGGCCCUUGAGACGAAAAAAAAAAUAUAUUUCCCUGAAUUAAAUUCUUUAAAUAAUUCUCCUCGAAAAGAUGAAACUAUUAAAAAAUUCCAGGAUGUAAAAAAUAAUAAUAAUAAACCUACUAAUGAAAAGAAACUAGAACGUAUAAUUAUAUCCAAUUAA